CAUAUUCUGGAGAAGACAAGCCAUGUUACUGACAUAUGGAAAUAACAGUGGGGCCAUGUUCAUCCUAUUGAGCUUCUCAGAUUACCCAGAAAUAGAGAUGCCUCUCUUCUUGGUGUUUCUCGCCAUCUACAGCAUCACUGUGGUAGGAAAUAUUGGCAUGAUAGUCAUAAUAAGAAUUAAUCCCAAACUGCACACUCCCAUGUACUUCUUCCUCAGCCACCUCUCCUUUGUGGAUUUCUGCUAUUCCUCUGUCAUUGCUCCCAAGAUGCUGGUGAAUCUUUUUAUAAAAGACAGAGCCAUCUCAUUUUUAGAAUGUAUAGUACAAUAUUUUUUCUUUGCUAUCUUUGUGGUAACUGAAACCAUUUUAUUAGUGGUUAUGGCCUAUGACAGAUUUGUGGCCAUCUGCAGACCACUGCUUUACACAGUAGCCAUGUCUCAGAAACUCUGCAUCAGUCUAGUGGUGGGAUCAUAUGCAUGGGGACUCAUAUGUUCCUUGACAAUGACAUGCUCUAUUAUCCAGUUAUCUUUUGUUGGUAUCAACACAAUUGAUCAUUUCUUUUGUGAGUUCUCCUCACUUCUGGUUCUUUCAUGCUCUGAUACUCAUGUUAAUCAAAUACUUCUCUUCUCACUUUCUACUGUGAAUGCUCUUAGUACUCUACUCAUCAUCCUUCUGUCAUAUAUGUUUAUCCUUGUCACCAUACUCAAGAUGCAAUCAUCCAGGGGCCGCCAAAAGGCUUUCUAUACGUGUGCUUCACACCUGACUACCAUCACUAUCUUCUAUGGUACUAUCCUGUUUCUCUACUCUGUACCCAACUCAAAGAACUCCCAGCUCACAUUCAAAGUGGCCUCUUUGUUUUAUACCCUGGUGAUCCCCAUGCUAAACCCUUUGAUUUACAGUCUGAGGAAUAAAGAUGUGAAGGACACAAUCAGACAAAUCAUGAAGAUUAAAUUUAUAGCUCUCCCCCAUUUAUCCUCUAAAGUACGUUGAUCCUUGCAUAAGUACAGGGGUUUU